GUUUAAAGGGACAGGAGACAUUUUCAGGCUGGUUGAAACAACGAAAACAGCUGCGAGCACAAAAAAAAAGACAGGCACAGAGAGGAAGGGACGUGGUCAGACAGAAAGCGAGCUAUGUGGCAAGAAAGAGUGGGAGGGUGAGACUGAAUCUAUACGAUUAUUUUAACUAUCAGACACCCGGCUAAGGUUGCGAACGGCUUUUUGCAUCGAAGUCGGUUUUUGCCCUUAGCUAACUGGUAUGCGACAACGCAGCAGUCAGUACGAGAGAUAAAGAAAAAAAGGCCAAACUCCCGAACGAGAAGGACGCGUCAGUUCAAGCUGCCAGGCUGUGUUUUUCCUCCGCAGUCUACUUUUAUUUUUAGGAAUUCUGGGUCGGAUGACCCUGUCAUGAUGCCACAGAAGUGCCACACCCCACGCUCAGGGGAUGAAGGAGGGUGUGUCUGGCUAUCAGCCAACCACAGAGGGAGCCCCAAUAGAGUUAUUUCCAAUUCCAGUUCAGGGACAUUUCCCCUCAAUAUCUUCCUGCAUUACUGACACUCUGCCCAUGAGGUUGUAGUUUUUCUGCUCACUUCCGGUGGAGUCCUUACUGUUUCCUGAUUACCUAAAUUGGGAUGUUGGCGUCGUUUCAUGGCAGCUGCCAUGGAGAUAAACAGAUUUCUUUAGUAGACAAUUUUAGACACAACCUCCAGAUGUUGUGCCAGAUGCAGGUUGUCCACACGGGCAGAAUUGGACAAGGACGGGCACAGAGGCGCUGUGCGGCUCAGCUUCCUACUUCACACUGCUUGACAGCAUCCCAGCAGGAAGUGUAAGACUUCCUAUUCCUGUGAAACAUCUGUCUUUGACUACUGGCACUAGUGAGGACCUACUUGACCCUGUUGCGAGUUAGUCAAGACUCUUAUCCUCCAGCAGUGAAACCAUGCGGCACAUUCACGUAGAGUUGGCCCACAAAAAGGCUCCAUUGGAGCUUCCAGCCCAGGAGGGGGACCUGCCUCCACCUACAGCCCUAACACAGGGCUUAGACCCUGGUGUCAGACCGGGGGCGCCCAGGCACUUUGGUCAGGAGGAGUUGCGCCUCCAAAAGGUCUACCAGCUCUCCAUUUUCUCCCAGUUGGGGGGUUUUUCUACCUCCACAGAAACCCACACUGAUACCCAACAGAGGCCUGUCCGGUUGGGUGUGAAAAGGGGGCUAGAGGAGCCACAAUUGACUCCUAAGCGCCCCCACCUGGGGGACUUUACAGACAAUGAGGCGUUGGAGGGAGGGGUGCUGUGUGGGCCAGCCCCAGCUCAAGGUGUUGGGAUGGGGUUAGCGAUGGGCCCUGGUGGGCCUGGUUCUGUAUACUCUUGCACACAGAUGGAGCACAGAGACACUGAGGGGGGACUGUCACCCAGGUCUCCACCCCUCUCACCAAGCCACAACCCCUCUCGACGCCCAACUCAGCACAAUCAUGACAGGCCCAUUCCUGAUGUAUUUGCUCCACUCUCACCCAAAUCACCCCCAAUGUGUGACCCACAUGGACAUCUCUGUGACCAAGGCCAUUCCCUCGGUAGCUCAGCCAGGACGGAGCCACCUAACGGGGGCCACACACCCACCUACUCACUAGGUAGCCCUGCAAAUGAGAGCUGUGGUAACGGCUCAUCUGGAGGCCAGCCCAGCCCCCACAUAUAUGAAAUGUCCAUGUAUGAGACUCCCAACCCUGCUAGUCCCACCAGCCCUCCAGGCCCCUUCUCUCCCCCACACCACACAGAACUGCAGGAGCCAGGGGAGGCCACCGAAUGGGAAGUUGGACUUGAAUCCUCCCCACCUGAGCGAAGUGCCACCCAGGCUGCCUCCUCAUCCUCCAAUGGCCUGGCAUCCUGGGAGAAAACUCCAAGCAGUAAUGGCCACCGUCUAUCCUCUGGAGGCCACUGGCCAGCCAAAAAGCGUUUGCUGUCCCCGAGCGACACAGCGGAGUCCUGCUCAGAAGACGAGGGCCCCUCCACAUCCAAAAGAAGCAGGCUGUCCUUGUUGGCUCCGGGACUUGGCACGGCCUCAUGUCGCAGCACUGAUGCUAAAGCUGCCCCUUACUGGAACCACCUGCUUCCCUCUGCAUGGGACCAGCCUAAGACUCCCACAGACUGCACACGAUCAGGAAGACGACUUAAAAGUGGUCUGCGGCUGAAAAGUCGGCAGCUGCGCAGCGGCAGACACACAGACACCGGCCGCUCCACACGUUCCAGUUGGCCCUCAUCUUCCAUCAGCAGAUCCCUACUUGGCAACUUUGAGGAAUCCAUCCUGAAGGGACGAUUCUCCCCGUCAGGCCUGAUCGAGGGCUUCACAGCGGAGAUCGGUGCUAGCGGCUCUUAUUGUCCACAGCACGUGACCCUGCCGGUGCAGGUUACAUACUACGACAUCUCAGAGCACAGCGCACCCUCACCCUUCCUGGGUGUGAUAUCUCUCGAGCCUCUUGGAAAGAAAGGAUACAGCAUACCCAAAGCAGGGACCAUUCAAGUGACCUUAUUUAAUCCCAACAAAACUGUGGUGAAGAUGUUCCUGGUGACCUACAACUUCGGCGACAUGCCCGUUAAUCACAUGACCUUCCUGCGCCACCGUAUCUUCUUGAUGCCUGUCGAGGAGGGGGUUGAGGGGAAGGACGGGGCGUCUCCAGGGGGCAAAGUGCCCGACAGGAAGAAGAUUCUCUGCUACCUGAUACAUCUCAGAUUCCAGAGCUCCAAAUCUGGGAAGAUCUACUUGCACAAUGAUAUCCGGCUGCUAUUCUCCCGCAAGUCCAUCGAAGUGGACACAGGGAUACCUUAUGAGCUGAAAUCUUUCACCGAGGUGCCAAGAAACCCUAAAUACUCCCCCCGCGUGUGACCCCUGCUUGACCCUUUGACGCUCCCCAACACCAUUGCAGCCCCUCCUGUACUUCCUAAAGAGGAGGGACGGAAACAGACAGACUGCUAGAAUGAUGGACACAAGACUUGAUGAGACACGCCACGUGCACGCGAGACACACGAUACAGUGUUGUAGUAAAUGUACUCCUUUUUAUGCAUUUAUUGUCCAUUGAAAUUUUAACAGUCAAAAGAAAUUGGUGAGAGAAAAUGUCACUAACCAAACAUGGCAUUCAUUGAAAAUUAAAAAUAAUUUAGAAAAAAUAGUAUAAGAGCAGUUCAGCAUACAUGCAGUCAAAAGCAGGAUUUUUACUACACUUUGGGCUGUACAAAACAAAAGAAAUGCACAAACACACACUCACACACAGAUAUGACACAUGUCACAGCUGAAACACUUCUGGUGGUGACUCUCUGAGUUCCGUGUUAACAUGCAUGCCUUGUGACUUAAACACCUGGAUUUUCCUCUAGUGCCGUAUCACACUGUCCUUCACUCUGCCUGCAGCGCCAACCGCCUCAUCGGACCAAUAAUUCAUAUUUGACAAAAGGCCACAAACAAAAAGCAUGUCCCUGAUUGUGAGGAGAAGAAAAUGACCCCUCCCCCACUUGCACACUUUCUGACCAGCAGAGAGGAAAUGAGCUGAGACACAAACACUAGUGAAAGCGAAGGCUGAAAUGGAAUCGGUCAUCUUGAUCGGAUGUUUUAUCAUUCAACAUAUGAUAGAAAACACUGAUAUGAUUUGACCAAACUCAGGACACUUGUUGAAGGAUACAUUUAACUUCUUACCAUUUCAUCUAUCUACACUUCGAGCUAGGAGGGUCGUACCACGUCAUGAAAAACAGGGGAAUCCAGUUCAUUUUAUGUAGUCAGACUGAGGGACACUGUGCUGUUUCCUUUUUUUCAAAUUCCUUUUUUUCUUUUUCUUUUUAGAUUCUGUUCAGAACAGUCUGAUGUUGUAACAGAAAAUGGAGGAAAAAAAUAAACAAGCUGUAGUAUUUUUAA